GCCGUCCUGGCGUCCGUGGCGGCAGCCAUCCAGCCGGACGGCGACGACCUCGUGUUCGAGGACAGACACCGCACAUGGGCGGUGGACAGCGGCAGCGACCACCGGACGCAGAGGCACCAGCAAGGGCCCAGCAGGCCGGAGCCAGCGCCCCCCGCGCUGCACCAGGACGACGAGGGAGAGGGCGCGGGCGUCCUUGGCUUCCUCGCCAAGCAGCUGCACAGGGUGCGCAGGCAGACCAACUGGUUCUCGGGGUUCUCGUCGCUCCUCGGCGUCGAGCCUGCCACCACCACGACUGAGGCCAGCACGUCGACGGCGGCCUCGACCACCACGGAGGAGGAGCCCAACGAGCUCAGCCUGGUGGACUUGAGGGAGAAGCGCAGCACGCUGGCCGCGGCGGGGGAGGGCGACGAGCUGUCCAACACCAUCGAGGACGCCGUCGGCAGCACGGCGCUGGUCGGGCCGCAGUCGACCGCCGCAGAGUCGGAGGGAGUAUCGACGGCGCUGGAGAGCUCGACGCCCGGCCGCCGGACGGACACCCCCUUCGACGACGAGGACUACGGCCCGUCCGGCGCCUUCAACGAGGGCUCGGCCGACGCGGGACGCGGCAGGGUCAACGGCACCUCGCAUCACACCGAACACGCGCACGGGCCCGGACAGCCGAAGUUCUACCGCAUCACCCUCACCAUCGUGGAGCCCUGGCAGGAGGAGUACGCCGACCGGAAGUCGCCGCAAUUCCGGGAGCUGGCCAACGCCCUGGCCGACGACAUCAACCGCCUGUUCGAGGACGUCCCCGGCAAGCAGUCCGUUAGCAUCAUCAGCAUUCAGCGCGCCGAGGACCACUUCGACAGCAAGGUGACGCUGGACCUGGGCACGGACAACUACGACAAGGACCUGAUCCAGAGGACGCUGUUCACGCAGCUGGAGCGCUAUCAGAAGAUCGGCAGCUACACGGCCAAGACGGACGGCUUCUUGUUCAGGGACUUCGGGGAGUGCGCGCAGGGCGAGUUCAUGUGCGACAUCACGCGGUGCAUCCCCAAGAGCAGCGUCUGCGACGACAAGGUGGACUGCACCGACGCCACGGACGAGCACAACUGCCCGGACGCCGAAGAAUCCACUUGCGAUGAUGACCAAUUUCAAUGUCGUGAUGGUCGAUGUAUUGACGGAUUCCGUCGCUGCAACCAAGUAGUUGACUGUGAGCAUGGAGAUGAUGAGGAUGAAUGCCCUUGUCGACCAAAUGAAUUUCAAUGCAAUGAUGGUACAUGCAUUGAAGGCCACAAAAGAUGUGAUGGUGCAACAGAUUGCCCACAAGAUAAUGCAGAUGAGCGGAACUGCCAAACUCACCCAUGCAAGCAAGAUGAGUUUCUCUGUAAAAAUCGUGUUUGUAUUCCCUUACGUCUAAGGUGUGAUGGAAUGGUUCACUGUCAAGAUCAGAGUGAUGAGGAGUCAUGUCCACCUGCACUUGGAUGCCUGAAAGAUGAGUUCCAGUGCCGUGAUCAUAGUUGCAUUUUGUCCAUUCAUCGCUGUGAUCGUAAAAGUGAUUGUGCUGAUGGGUCAGAUGAGGAAGACUGUGAGGUUUGUGGAUCAGAUCAGUUCAGAUGUUUCGAUGGAAGGUGCUUAAGUUUUUCUCAGCGAUGUAAUGGUAUCCCUGAAUGUGCUGAAGGAGAGGAUGAGAGGAACUGUCCCACGCUUCCUGGCAGUCAGUGUGCAUAUAAUGAGUUUUUGUGUAAAACUGGACAGUGUGUGGAAUUAGCGAGACGCUGUGAUGGCUAUCCAGAUUGUUCCGAUCAGUCUGAUGAGGACGAUUGUGACGAAAUUGUGGCACCCUGUCCGUCUUCAGACUUUUCUUGCAUUGAUGGCUCUUGCAUUCCGCUCUCCAAGAAAUGCGAUGGUUUGCCAGACUGUGCUACUGCGGAAGACGAAAGAAAUUGUACAAGUGGCUACGGACCCAGCACUGGUAUAACAGAGUCACCAAAAUGUCAGCCAUAUGAAUUCCGUUGUGACGAUGGCCGAUGCAUACAAGAGGUGUACCGCUGUGACUCUAUCAAGGAUUGCCUUGAUGGCAGUGAUGAAAAGUCUUGUGUUAUUACAUGUUCUCCCAAUGAAUUUACUUGUGCCAAUGGACAGUGUCUUGAUUACCAAAGACACUGUGAUGGUGCUUUUGAUUGUGCUGACGGCUCUGAUGAGGAUGGCUGUGCCUUGUGUGGUUUUGAUGAGCACCAAUGUGGAGAUGGUACUUGUGUGGACUUCUCCUUGGUUUGCAACGGAAAGGAGGAAUGUACUGACGGUUCAGAUGAAUUAGAUUGUGGUCAAACUUGUGGUGUAAAUGAGUUUACUUGUGGUGACCGUUCGUGCAUUGACAUCAGAAGGAAAUGCGACAGAGUCCCAGACUGCAGGGAUAAUUCUGAUGAGAUUGGCUGUGAUUGCAGACCUGGAGAAUUCCGGUGUGGCUCAGGAGACUGCAUUCCUGAUGUGUAUCGAUGUGAUGGACGACCUCAUUGUCAGGAUAGAAGCGAUGAGGAGGGAUGUGUUGUUCAGCCUCUGUCUACUGCUGCACCUCCACGUAGCUGUCCCUAUGGCCAGUUUGCUUGCCACUCCAACGGCCAAUGUGUUCCUCAGUCAGUUGUGUGUGAUGGUCAAUCAGACUGUAGCGACUCGUCAGAUGAGGCCAACUGUGCUGGGAGGGCUUGUUUUAUUGGCCAAUUCCGUUGUGAGAAUGGCCCCUGCAUCCCUGAACAUCUAAGAUGCAAUGGAAAUUUUGACUGUCCCUUCGACAAAAGUGAUGAAUUUGACUGCCCUGGACGGCCAUCCACCUUUUCAGGACUAAAUCUGAAAACGUAUCCAGAGGAUCAAAUCAUCAAGGAAAUAAAAGUUGGACGUGAAGUAGUAUUCCAAUGUCGUGACGAAGGCCCACAUAGAGCACGUGUUAAGUGGUCUCGGGCUAACAAUCUUCCCUUACCACAAGGAUCACGAGACCUUAAUGGACGUUUGGAAAUGCCAAAUAUUCAGCUGGAACAUUCCGGAAAUUACAUCUGUGAAGCUGUUGGGUAUCCUGAUAACAUUCCUGGUUCUCGGCUCACAGUGACUCUGAGAGUAGAACAAUACAUAAUUCCAACCACACGCCCUCCUCAAGUUUGUGGUAUCAAUGAAGCUACCUGCUCUAGCGGUGACUGUAUUGCUAAAAGUCUCAUCUGUGACGGUAACUUAGAUUGCUCUGAUGGAUCUGAUGAAAUGCGGUGCAAUUCUGAUGGUUGUGAACCAAAUGAAUAUGAGUGCGACAACAAAAAAUGUGUCAUGAAGACAUGGCGUUGCGAUUCUGAUGAUGACUGCGGGGAUGGAUCUGAUGAAAGAAAUUGUGCCACUAAUCCCCCAGGCUCCAAGUGUCACUAUCAUGAAUUUGAGUGUCGUUCUGCCAACCAAUGCAUUCCAAAGUCUUUCCACUGUGAUGGAGAAGUGGAUUGUCAAGAUGGAAGUGAUGAAUCAGGAUGCUUCCCCGUUCAAAUUGCUGAGGGACCAAAGAGAAUGGAAGUUCUUCAAGUGGGAGAGUCAAUGACUCUGACUUGUAGAGCCGUUGGUGUGCCUACACCUGUUGUUGUCUGGCGUCUCAAUUGGGGCCAUGUACCUGCCAAAUGCACCAGUACUAGUGAAAAUGGAGUGGGCACUUUAACUUGCCCCAAUGUUCAAGAAUCUGAUCAAGGAGCAUACAGUUGCGAAGCAUUGAACAUGCGUGGGAGAGAAUUUGCAGUUCCUGAUACAAUUUUGGUGGUAACAUCUCCAAACAAAACCAUUUGUGCCCCUGGUAGUUUCAACAGUGACGCAAGGCACCCUGGAGAGUGCAUAUCUUGCUUUUGCUUCGGAGUUGCCACUAGAUGUAAAAGUGCAGACCUUUUCACCUAUCAGCUCCCUCCACCCAUAGAGAGUACUGAACUAUCAACAAUUCGUGUAGAUCCCUAUUCAAAAACUGUUGAAAUCUUGACUGGCCCAACUUACAACCUCCCAUCUGUAAGGCCUCUUGGAAGAAAUGGUUUCCAGAUUUACUCGUCAACUAUAGAACGUGAUGGAUUCCGCCUAGGAGACAAUGACUACCCGUAUUUUGCCAUGCCAGACAAUUGCCAUGGCAGUCAGUUGAAGACUUAUGGAGGAUAUUUGAAGUACACUGUUAAAUAUGAAGGAAACGGCCGUCCUCUUGAUAUUCCAGAUGUUGUACUCAGUGGUAAUGGAUAUAUCUUGGUUCACAAUGCUCCUGCAUUGUCCCCUGGACAAGAGGUAGAUCGUUCAGUUCGCUUCUUCCAUGGUGAAUGGUUUAGGCGUAUAUCCUCAUCCCGCAAUACCGCAAGUGACCGCGAUGUACUUGCUUCUCGAGAAGAGAUUAUGAUGGCUUUGGCUGAUGUGAAUGACUUGCUCAUCAAGACCCGAUACAUUGAUGGUCCAUUGCUUGAUACCUCUUUGACAAACAUUCAAAUGGACUCAGCUGGUAUCCGUAAUGUAGGACAGGGCAAGGCCUCUUAUGUGGAGGAGUGCCAAUGCCCAGCUGGUUACUCCGGUCUUUCCUGUGAGAUGUGCACUGCUGGCCAUCACCGUCGUGAACAUGGUCCAUGGUUGGGCAUGUGCAUGCCAGAAGAAAGACCAUGCCCUGCAGGUUUCUACAAAAACUCAACCGGAAAUGGUCAAUGUGAGCGUUGUCCAUGCCCACACACCAAUCCAUCCAACCAAUUUGCCCGAACAUGCCACUUGGACACUGAUGGCCAAGUAACGUGUGAUUGUCCUCAAGGAUACGAGGGCCGGCGUUGUGAAAAGUGCGCAAGAGGGUACCAAGGAAAUCCAUUCAUUCCUGGUGAUAUCUGUCGUCCAGGUUACUGUAAUGCUGCAGGAUCUCUUAGCACAUCACUUGAAUCCAGUUCCGGUAGCUGCGUAUGCAAGGCAAAUGUAAUUGGUCCCUAUUGUGACCAAUGUAAGCCAAGCACAUUCCAUUUGGACACAAACAACCAGUUUGGUUGUGUGGACUGCUUCUGCAUGGGUGUAACUCGUCAAUGCAGUAGUUCCAACUGGUAUCGGCAACAGAUUUAUGCUCAGUUUACAAGGGACACUCAGGAUUUCAAGAUUGUGGAAGCCUCGAGAAGAGAUGAACCAAUAACAACUGGCAUUCGUCUAAACCCUGGUUCUCGAGAGUUGGUGUAUCAAGAUUUCUCAAGACGCAGCUCUGAUGUACAUUAUUGGAAACUACCUGAUCGUUUCCUUGGCAACAAAGUAACUUCAUACGGUGGUGACCUCAAAUACAUUAUUCGAUAUGUACCAACACCAGGAGGGCAGAGUUCUCGUAACAGUGCUCCAGAUGUAGAGCUUGUUAGUUCCAAUGCCGCCAUCAGACUUCUGUACUUUGGUCAUGACCAGCUGGAAGCAAAUCGUCCUCAGAACAUUUCUGUUCCUCUACUUGAGCAACAUUGGCAAAGACAAGAUGGCCAGAAAGUAGACCGAGCUCACAUGCUGAUGGCCCUAUCCAGUUUAGAGGAAAUCCUCAUUAAGGCAACAUACACAACCAGUACAUUAGAAGCUGCACUGCUGUCUGUGUCUCUGGAUAUUGCUGAGGAACGUAACACCGGCCAAGAAAGGGCUCUUGCUGUUGAGCAGUGUGUUUGCCCCCUAGGACAUCAAGGAUUGUCCUGUGAGGAGUGCAGCACCGGAUACACUCGCUCUGAAAGCAGUCCUGGACUCUACUUGGGUAGGUGUGUCCCAUGCUCUUGCAAUGGACACUCUUCAGAAUGUGACCCAGAGACUGGUGUUUGCCGGGAGUGUCGAGGUUAUACCACUGGAGAUCAAUGUGAGCAGUGCCUCCCUGGGUUUGAAGGGGAUGCUUCUCAAGGUGAUUGCCGACCACGUGGUGGUGGGUCUGAAUGCAAUUGUGACCCCAAAGGUAGCGCUAGCUUUGAGUGUAAUCCAGAUGGCAGCUGUAUUUGCAAGACCAACGUUGAAGGCCUCCAUUGUGACUACUGCCGCCCUGGAACUUUUGAUCUGUCAGUGAAAAAUAGUGAAGGUUGCCUAAGCUGCUUCUGCAUGGGAGUGACAGACCAGUGUCAGUCGUCAUCUUAUCACAGAACACAAAUCCCAAUGCAGAUCCUUGAUGCCAACCACGGUUUUAGGCUUACUGACAACAACCGAUCACCUGUAGUUGACUCUGACUUCAAGGUGGACUGGGCAAGAAAUGAAAUUGGCUAUGAAUUCAUUUCACCACCCACUCAAACAUAUUUCUGGUCCCUCCCAUCGUCUUUCACAGGGAACAAGAUUACUUCCUAUGGUGGAAACUUAACUUUUACUCAAAAAUAUUUAGCGAGAUAUGGAGCGCAACACACUCAUGACCAAGAUGUUGUUCUCUUCGGAAAUGGUAUCUCCAUUUAUUGGUCCAAUCUGGGUAGGACUGAGCCUAACGUCACUCAGGUGGUUUCAAUUCCUCUUCAAGAAUCAGCGGGCUGGAGAAGGCUCGACAUAAGUGGUCCUCGAACUGCAUCAAGACGUGACCUUCUCACAGUGCUAGCGUCAUUGGAAUCUAUUCUCAUCCGAUCAUCCCACUCUGACCAUAGUUAUGCAACUUACCUAAGUGAUGUUGCAAUGGAUACUGCUGUCUCCAUGCAGACUGGAGAAGGCUUAGCAAGCCAAGUAGAGUCAUGCCGCUGUCCUCAAGGCUACUCAGGCCUAUCCUGCGAGUCUUGUUCAACUGGUUUUUACCGCAAUACCAGUGAAGUGUCAGCCAGUGUAUUGGGCUCCUGUCUUCCGUGCCCUUGCAACGGGAAUGAGGAAAGUUGCUCUGUUUCCUCUGACUUACGUGUCACCUGUUACUGCAAACCUGGGUUUAGUGGACGCUACUGCGAUAAUGUUGGACAAGAUCCAGAUGGAGUCAGUGUUGAGCUCACCCCACUUACAGUUAGACAAAAAGUAGGAGAAACGGUCCGUUUCACCUGCACAUAUCAUGGUAGUGAACCUAUGGCUAUUGAUUUUGAAGAAAUAAGAAGACCCCAGCGAAUAGUGUUUUCUGAAAUAGCUUAUAGCUUUAUGGGUCCAGCUGAUCUUCAUCUGGAGCACAUAAACAAGCGAUACAGGAACAGAGAUGAGCAAAGCAUUGAUGUUGUCAUCACCCCAGAUUUGAUAGCAGUCAAAUGCCGUAUCCAAAAUGUGGCUGGAGUGGAGGUAGCAAUGGUCAUGUCACAAAUCACAAAAGUUUCAGAACCGUACAAUGUGGGCCCUCAACCUCAGCCAUCAAUCCAACCCCCUACAAUUUUGGUAGCCAUUGCUGAACCAACCAUUAAAAUAGUUGAAGUCGGCAGUUCAGUGCGGUUCACAUGCACAGCUAGACCUCUUUCAAACAAAGGUCCUGUCAGAAUCCACUGGUCCAAGGAAGGGGGAGUUCUCCCACGAGAACGAACCACUGAUGAUGGUGAUGGAGUGUUAGUUAUUAUCAGUGCUGUUGUUUCUGAUUCUGGUACAUAUAUUUGCACUGCUACUGAUGGAAGCUCAUACGUCACAGAGAGAGCUACCCUCACUGUUGGUGAUUUUCCUAAGGAUGUAAUUCAGAAGCAAGGUUCAUCACCUUCUCCUCCUGAAGUUCACAUUUCGCCACAAUAUCUAGACGUUCAAGAAGGAGAGCCUGUGGCAUUCAAUUGCCAUGCCACUGGAAAUCCUCUUCCUUCUCUUCAAUGGACCGGUGGUCCAAACAAUCCACAAGCUUCCUUCCGAGACGGAGUUUUCCGGAUACCAGCUGCUCAACGCUCUGAUGAAGCUGAAUACAACUGCACUGCUUCAAAUCCGCAUGGCACCAAUGUUGCAAGGACUAUUCUCUAUGUUCGUGAAGGCUCGUCCCGACCUCUUCCUAUCGACUCACAGUCAAGAUUAUCGAUAUCUCCGCCAGAUUUCAAUGGUAUUGAAGGAGAGAACGUCCGCCUGACAUGUGUUCCUGGUUACAAUGAAUAUUAUGUCAUUCAGUGGUCUAAAGUGGGUAGUCCUGACCUCCCAUCAACAGCUUCACAGCAAGAUGGAGUGUUGAACAUCUUCAAUGCUAAUCCUGUGGACUCUGGCAUUUACCUUUGUAGAGUGACCUCUCGAGCUACUGGAGUUGUAGAAGAUAUCCAAGCCAGAGUAUCUAUUUCAUCUAACAGAGGCCCUCCCACCGCUCGGAUUGAGCCUGAACGCCAGACGGUUUCUCAGGGUACCACAGCUGAGCUGCGGUGCUUGACAUCAGUUGAUUCAUCAUCAGUUCAAUGGAGUAAAGUUGGUGAAUCUGACAUGGGUAUCAAUGUUCAGGCUCUUGGAAAUGUCUUGAGGAUAAAUAAUGCCUUGGUGAGGAACCGUGGUGUUUAUGUGUGCUCUGUUGAAAAUGAAGGAGGAAGUUCACAAGCAUCUACUAUUCUUGAAGUCGAACCCCGUGAACCACCUGCCAUUGAAAUAUACCCAAACCAACACCAGACAGUUGUUGUGGGUGGAAGCGCUCUUCUGCAAUGCCGCGUCACCAGUGGUAUCCCCUCACCAGCCGUCAUGUGGCGCCGAUCGGAUGGUCGUCCUCUGUCUCCCAACAUUGAAGAGCUACCAAAUGGAGUGCUGAGAUUUAAUAGAGUAACAACUGCUGAUGCAGGAGUUUACACUUGUGAAGCUCAAAACAUUGUUGGAACUACCAAUGCCACAGCAUCUCUCGAAAUUGAUUCUAUUCCUACUAUAACUAUCACACCAUCUUCUCCUAUAACUGUGAAUGUUGGUCAACCAGUACGACUAGAAUGUAGAGCUCAUGGUGAACCACGGCCAACUGUGAUUUGGUCUCGCAACAGACCUGGUUAUGCUUACUAUGAACCUACAAAUUUGACUGCCGAAUCAUCUCAAAAUGCUGUUUAUGAGAUAACUCGAGCAACCAAAGCUGAUGAAGGUUCAUAUAGCUGCUCUGCUCGCAACAAGGCUGGAUUAACAGAAGAUCACGUACGGUUGAUUGUAGAAGAGAGUAAUGAUGUUCUUGAUCGCUAUCCUGAAAGAGGUGACAUAACUGGGGAGGAUCCGGGUAGCUAUGGUGAAGGAGCACCAUUUAUUGUCAACGUUGGAGGAACAGCUGAACUUCGUUGUGAUUUACGUAGUAACAGCAGCAACAUUUUCAUCAAGUGGAGGCGAUCGGGUGGAGAACUUCCUCAGGGGCACUCUGUGUUCCAGGGGUCAUUGCGCCUCACCAAUGUUCAGGAGGAGGAUGCUGGUCUCUACGUAUGUGAGGGUUACGAUAACAGUCAACUUCUUUUCCGGGCUCCUGCUAGAUUAGUAGUAAAUGGACCACCAAGGAUUCAGCUUCAUCCUCAACAUCAAGUUGUGCGCCCUGGUGAAAGUGCAAAGGUGCAUUGCCGUGUUCUUGGAUCUGAACCGCACAAUAUUAUGUGGACUGUCCCUGGGAAAGAAAAUUAUGGCAACACAGCUCUCCCUAGCAAUGCCAUUGAUCAGAAUGGAAUACUUGAGUUUACUCGUAUAGGACCUCAGGAUUCGGGGCAUUACUUAUGCCGUGCUAGAAAUGCUUAUGGAGAAGCCGAUGCUGUUGCUGAAGUUCUUGUACAAGAUCAACAACCUACGUCGCUUGUAAGAGCUGCAGAUCACGAUCAAAUUGUACGUGAAGGAGCCACUGCUCGCCUUGUCUGUGCAGCUGCUCCAGGGACUCAGAUCACAUGGACUCACGAGGGAAGAGCUCUGCCUGACAAUGCUGUGCAGCAGGAAGGUACUCUGACAAUCCAUCACGUGAGACCAUCUGAUGCUGGCCGUUAUGUGUGUCAAGCAAGCACUGAUGCAGAUGUGGGAUCUGAUUACAUCAAUUUGCGUGUUGAAGCACUGCAGGAGUAUUGCCCACCCCAAACGAUGCAGUGCUACAUAAGGGGAGUCCAGCAAUGUCUUCCUCAGGAACGCCUUUGUAACGGCGUCAGUGACUGUGACGACGGAAGUGAUGAACACGGUUGUCCAACAAACCGAUCGCCUCGUGGAAUAGGUAUGUUAUUGCAUGAAGCAGAAAAGGUUGAGCUCCAGAUCCAUGCAAGCAAAGACCUCAUUCGCAGUGGUGAUGAUAUUGAUGUACGUUGCGGAGUUGUUGGAGACUCGUCUGCCUCAGUAUCUUGGACCAAAGUUGGAAGCCAGCUUGCGAAUAACGUCCGAGUUGUUGGAGAUUCUUUAAGAAUUACUGAUGUACGACCUUCAAAUGGCGGUAUUUAUCGAUGCAAUGCGAAAACAUCUGCCGGGCAGCAGUCAGAAGACUACACACUCAGCAUUGAGGUGCCACCAGUCAAUUUGAUAGAGCCCCCUCCAGUUGAGACUCGCACAGCAGCGUACGGGAUGACGGUGCUAAUGGAUUGCAGGACAGAGUUGAAGCCUCCUGUGAAGUACCUUUGGUCUAAGCUAGGUGGAGAAUUGCCUCGGGAUGCCAGAGGUGUAAAAGAGGCGACCUUGAGCCUUGUUGAUGUAAGGGCACAAGAUGCUGGUUUCUACACUUGCACUGCACAAAAUGAUGAGAUGAAGAUGGACAUUCGAACUGUGCUGGUUGUCACUGGAGUUGUUCCUUACUUCCCUCAAGCACCCAAUUCCUUCAUGGCAUUACCAACCCUCCUUGAAGCUUAUCUUAAUUUCAAUAUAACCAUAUCGUUCAAGCCAGAAAGAUCCAAUGGUCUCAUACUGUACAAUGGUCAGCAGAGUGGUGGCUCAGGAGACUUUGUGUCUUUAGGCUUAAAUAAUGGAUUUGUCGAGUUCAGAUUUGAUGUUGGGUCGGGGCCUGCAGUUGUCAAGUCUGCAUUACCUGUUGCUCUUGGCCAAUGGCAUACAGUCAAACUUAUGCGAAGCCGUAGGGAUGGUGACAUGUAUGUAGAUGGAGCAGGUCCUUACAGGGGAACAGCUGCUGGACGUUUCCAAGGUCUUGACUUGGUGGAACCAUUGUACUUAGGUGGAGUUCCAGAUUUCAGAUCUAUCCAUAGACUUGCUGGUCAUUCUCAAGGAAUUAUUGGAUGCAUUAGUAGGCUUGUUGUUGGCGGAGUAGAACAUGAACUUGUACGCGAUGCAACAGCCACAGAAGGUGUUACAACGUGCGAGACGUGUGCUGGAAGCACAUGCAAACACAAUGGUGUCUGCCAAGAAGCAGCUACUCCAACUGGUCACACCUGUCUUUGCCCUGCUGGGUUCAGUGGGGAUGACUGCAGUAAGACUGGUCAAUCAUGCUACCCAGGUGCCUGUGGAGCUGGACGGUGCGUUAAUUUGCCGUUUGGUGGCAUGGAGUGCCUUUGCCCUAUGGGUAAGAUAGGCAGCCACUGUGAAUAUGAUGUGACCAUUCAAGAUCCUGCAUUCUCAAAUGGUGCUUAUUUAGCAUACACCACUCCAAAAACUCCUCGAAAACUGAAGAUGACUUUACGUCUUAAUCCUGCUGAGUUGUCAGAUUCACUUGUGAUGUACACUGCCCAAAAUGAUGAUGGCACUGGAGAUUUUGCUGCUCUCUCUAUUAAAGACAGGCAUCUAGAAUUCCGUUUUGAUGCUGGGACAGGAACUUCUGUUUUGAGAUCAAAGAGAGAGCUGCUGCAAGGUGAAUGGUUCACAAUUACUUUAUCUCGGGACCCACGAGAAGCUCGCCUGUCAGUUAAUGGUGAGCCUGUGACUCAGCGGAUUCAUGGAUCCUCUAAACCACUCAUCUUACAAACACCACUGUACAUUGGUGGCUAUGAUAGGCAGAAGAUCCGCCUAGCUCCUGGUAUGAAUGUUGAUCAGGGCUUCUCUGGCUGCAUUUCAGAGGUUGACGUUGCUAGUCUUUCUCUUGACUUGAUUAGCUCUGUGGUGGACUCUGCAAAUGUAGAGGACUGCAGCACAAGACAUGGCCAAAGGGGUGGUCGUGGAGGCCUGACCAAUCCUUGUCAUUUUACUCCUUGCCAGAAUGGAGGAACUUGCAAUUCAGCCGGUGGCCACCAUUACACCUGCAGCUGUCCUGAGGGAUUCAGUGGCAAAGACUGUGAAAUUGAAUUAGAUAUGUGCCUUGUCCUUCAUCCGUGUCUCAAUGGUGGUACAUGCACUGGUUCUCAGAAUUCAUUCAAAUGUCAUUGCCCACUUGGCUUUGGUGGUGCAACAUGUAGCGAAAGUGUACAAUUCAGCUCACAAGUUAGUUUCAGUGGAGAUGGGUGGCUUGAGUUAAACCGUGCUCUUUUGCACCAUAAAUCAACAUCAGAAGAUGAAGUGAUAAGUAUUCGCUUCACAACCAAUGACACCAAUUCUCUGGUUCUGUGGCAUGGACAAACCCCUGAUGUUGAUGGCACGAGUCAGGACUACUUAUCCCUGUCAAUCAUUAAUGGAAAAUUAGAAUGGAGCUAUGAACUGGGCUCUGGACCAGCUCAUAUUCAACUUGGUGGAGUGAGUGUAAAUGAUGGGUUGCCACACACUGUCGUUCUGCGGCGACGUGCUGAAGAGGGCAGUAUAGAACUUGAUGGGCAGUCCUCUGCCCAAGGACAUAGUAAUGGCACCCUCAUACAACUCAAUGCAAAUGGAAACAUUUACAUAGGUGGUGUGCCCAACCCAGGCCUUAUGACUGGCAACAAACAUACUCAUGGAUUCUCUGGAUGCAUACAUGCUGUACAAAUACAACACUCAAGUGUGUUGAACCUUUAUCAAGAAGCUGUGUCUGGUAGCAAUGUUCUAAAUUGUCCAAAGAGUGAUGUUCCUCCCCACAAUAGGUUUAAGUGGACACCAUCCUCUUUAGUUUACACAGAUGCUGCAGAAAUCCUUGAAAUAGAACAGGACUUUGUGACAACAUCUCAGCCUUUACCUGUCAUGACUGAUAGCUUUUUAGAAUCUGGGGAAAUAAGUCCUCAUAUAUAUGAAAAACCUUUUGACAGUAGAAACAGAAAUCCUGUUGACGAAACACAAAUAUUAACUACUGAAAACUCGUAUCCCGUAACCAUAAAUAUUAACUCAAUUAAUCAGGACAAUAAUAUUUUGAAAAGUAAUGAUCCCUUUUUAAGAUCUAGUGAUAAUUCACACCCUAUUUUUGAUCCACCUUUUAAUGAUCUAGAUACAGCUAGGCGAAAAAAGACCACCUCAAAGCCUCCUAAUCCAAAGUCUUCAUGUCAUUCAUGUAACUCUUCAUUAAGUUUAGUUUUGUUGAUGGUAAUAUUUAGUAUAAGGACAAGCUCACCAUUUUGGAGAUAGAAAUUGUAGGUCUGAUGAUGACAUUGAUGAAGAAGACUAUGCUGAUGACCCAGCACAUUAAAUGUUCAAAUAAUGUUGCUGACAAAAGGAAACUAUUCCAGUUUAUGCUUUUACUUUGUCAUUAGCUCAUUGUUAAAUUCAAAAUAAUUGUUGCAUGUAUUGAGUCCAAGAUAUUGAGAUUCUGUACUUUGCUUGAUCAUAAAACACUUCUUCUUCUUCUUCACAAAAAAUAUCUCUAAUUUACAGUCAAUGAUUUCACAUGUGACCUGCUUUAUUUUGGGCUGUAAUUCUGUGUAUCAGUAACGAAGAUUUCAUUCAGGCGUCAUUUGAGCUAAUGGUAAAUUUAAUGCUCCCUUUAACUAUAUGGAAAGCAGCAUGUCCUCCAUACCUUCCUUUGCAACAUUUCUCAGUGAUAUUGUAUAGCGCUUACCCAUAGUUAAUUUAAGUCAUAGUCUGUACCGAUGACAACCAGUCCUAGUUAUGUUUCCUCAUGUGUGUUAUUUAAUUUAACGUUUCAUAUAGUCAUUUUCUCUCAUUUUUUUAUGUUUGUUUUUUUUUCCUUUUUUUUUUGCUUUAGCUUUGUUAAGAGCUAAAAUGAGAGCUUGCAGUCAGAAGUAAUGCUUGCUCUCAUGCAUGUGCCAUAGCUCAAUUAUGAAAAUAACACUAAUUUGUACAUUUUUACGCACAAUGAUUUUAGUUCUGCUUGUGAACGAUAGCACUGCCAUAAUUUAUUUUUAUUGGUUUCAGUACUUUGGUUUGCAAUGUUGUAAUUGUGAAAGUGAUGUGAUUUUGUAUCAUAAUUUCUCUUAAUGUAACUCCAUUUCAAAAUUUUAACUAUUUAAGGUAUAGCAAAUGAUUUAGAGAUAAAGUAAGCUGUUGAAUCAUGUAAUGCCAAAUUGUGUAAUUAUAUUUAUGUAUUCCUUUUUACGUUUCUUUUUUUUUUUGUUGUUAAGCUGUGAAUGUUGGGUGGAGCCUGAUAACCUUAACUGUUACUGAAUGAAGCACAAUAAAUUUGUUGAUCUGUCAUCAGUCAUAAGAAUAUUUUAUUUGUAUGUUGAUGGAUACCCUGUUUUCUAUCUUUUUGUAUUAGUUGUAAGUGAGGAAAUGUACAUAUUAGGAUAACUACUUUCAUUCACCAAAUUUUGUUAACAUCAGUCUAAUCUUCCAUAUGUGUAUGAAUGUUAAGAAUGAAAGUUUGACAUUAAUUUAUUUGUACAGAUAUAUGCUUUGAAAAAUUCCUGUGUCAGGCCUCACUCAACGGCCAUUAGUUUAGCAAAGGUGUCUUUCUCGCAAAUGCAGAAUGGAAUGAUUUUUUUUUUUAAAUUACGGUAAUUGUUUUUGUAAAUUAAAUGAUCGAGUCCCAUGAAUCUUAUAUCUUAUCUUCAGAUACUUGGUACUCGACUCAUGUCAUGCUGGUGGUCUUGCAUGUACAAUACUGAUACAAGAGGCAACUACUAUCUUGAAUGUAGAUGACUUUACAUAUCAAUAAAGAGGAAUAUUACAUGGUGCUCAUGAGUUCAGGAGACUUGCAAGUACUCGUGGACUUAGCACUAAAACUGGUGGAUAAAUGAACUUACGACUCAAGGGGAGUUAUGAAUAAAAUUCAUUCAGGCAUGUUAAAAAAUAUUUUUGAAAUGCUUUUUCUUUUAAUUUCCUUGCUACUUCGAAGACAGAUAUACUUUGUCUAAUAAUUGUGAUUGUUAAUCCUCAACAUCUACCAUCCCACUUAGCCAGAACAGUAUUCUAUACCUAUCUUAUUAUUUUUUAAAAAUGUCAGAAGUUAUAGUAAUUGUUCCAUAAUAUAUAUGUAAGUUGUUUGUCCAUCUGCUUUCCCUCAUGUUUUCAUCGGUUGCUUGCUGUAUCUGUUUAGAAAAUAUAUGGACGUUAGCUGUGAUGGCUUGAACAGGGGAGAGCUUUAGCUAUAACAAUACUACAUUUGUGUGUAGUAACGUGUUGCCUGGCAAUGUGCCAAAUUUGUUGUUGAAAACUGAUCAGGUAGGAUUUAUAUCUGCAAUAGAAACGACAGCUACAUUAAGCGUGUCUUCAGUUAAUGUCUUUGAGCAGCAUAGCAUAAUAAAAUUUUUAAUAUAUUGACGGUAUUUGAUAAUUAAUCCUUGCAGCAAAAUAUUACAAUAAAAGGAGACCUCCAUCCUUAUGAAAACAAGUUGCAUUCCCCUUGGCUUGGAAUGACAAUUUUUGUUAUGUAUGUAUGCUGUGUUGCUCUGCACAAGUUUUUAAUUUUUUUCUAAUAGCACUAUAAUAAUGUUGACUGUUAGGAAGAGUAUUUUCCUUAUUGAGAUUGAUCACAAUCACAAAAAUGACAAUAAAGACUUAUGAAAACAA